UCGAAAAAAUUUGAACAUAUCAAACCCCGCGUUGUCUUCUGCGAACACCAUGGAUCCGCCUCCUCUGAAGCUUUUGAUGUUACAAGGCCCUCGCGAGGGGGAGACGCUGGAAUUCGGGGUCCGAUCUACAGUCCGCGUCGGGCGGGUUGUUACUGGAAACAAUGUGACCAUCAAAGACGCCGGCAUAUCGUCCAAGCACGUCUUCAUCGGAUUUGAGUCAGGUCAGUGGGUCAUCCGCGACCUAGACUCCUCGAACGGUACCUUACUCAACUCCUCCAAGCUCACUCCACAGACGUCAUACCCUAUCAACCAUGGCGACACCAUCAAGCUCGGCGAAUACACAUCCAUCCUCGUCAAAAUCGACGACCUAGAUUCUGUGAAACCGCCCAGGAUCGCCGGACCGGAGGGAAACAUGAGAAGUAGCAAUGUAGAAGGAUUAAUUGAAGAUAAAUCGCAGAGCACUUCGCAGAUUUUGGAGAAUCGGCGGCGAGGGAGGCCCAGGAAAGGUGGGGCUUUGAAGAAUGAACUUAAGAGCCUGGGUAUUCCGGAGGCUGUAGGUCCUGCGAAGGAGCAAAAUUGGAAGCCAGAAUUGCAGCAAAUGAGUUUGAGGGUUACCCGGAGUGGAAAGAAUUUGAGUGUGGAUUGUACAGCAAUGGAGAUCGAUGAUAACAAGAUCAGACGGGGAGCAAGAAGGGGGAGACCCCCACGUCCAGAGCCACUGGAGAUUAUCCAAGUCGAUGAUAGUGAAGACGAUAAAGAAAAUGUGAAGGAGUCAAACCUUGAAGAAAGAGAUAGUGAAGAGGACAAGAAAAAAAAAGAUAAUGAUCGGGAACCACCACCAGAGAGAGCUAGAGUGGAUGCUGUAAAGGAGAAUGUGAAGGGAUUAACCAUGCAAGAAGAUAAUUGUAAAGAGGAUAUAAAUCAAAGUGAACAUGGUGUUCCGAAGAGCAGUAAUAAGGAGGAAGAAACCCUGGAUUUGGAGAAAAUGACUCUAGGACAAUGGUUUGAUUACAUGGAGGUUCAUUUACAAAAACAGAUUGUUGAAGAGACUGAGGUGUUGAUUGAGGGUAUGAGGCAGAAAGCUGAGCAAGUUCACGCAUACAAGAUGCAGCAGAAGAAGAAAAGGGCAAAGGAGAAGGAGAAAGACAAGGAUGUGGUUCUUGUCAAUGUUAGAUAGAUGGUCCAUCAGAUAGAUGUUUUGGUAAUUGGCACUUUUGUUUUGAUAAUCUUAUUGCUUUUGCCAAGAAAAAUUAGAGAUGUCUUUAUCUUUUGUGGUAACUAUAGACUAGUUUGUGAAUGUGUAUUUCAUAGGCAUAUUGAAGGUCCUGCAUAUACCUUUAUGCUAUAUAUGUUUUGUCAUA